AGAGAGAGAGAGAGAGAGAGAGAGAGAGAGAGAGAAAGAGUGAGUGCUUUUCCGAUUUGGUUUUCUCUCGUCGUCGGCGAUCAAGAAUGGCGAUGUCGGCAGUGAACAUUGGGAUGAUGGAUGGUGCUUACUUCGUUGGGAGGAACGAGAUUCUCUCAUGGAUCAACGCCACUCUGCAGCUCUCCCUCUCUCGAGUCGAAGAGGCUGCAUCUGGUGCUGUUCAGUGUCAAAUGAUGGAUAUGGUUCACCCUGGAGUAGUUCCAAUGCAUAAGGUGAACUUUGAUGCAAAGUCAGAGUAUGACAUGAUUCAGAACUAUAAACUUCUGCAAGAGGUGUUCAACAAACUGAAAAUUGAGAAGCACAUUGAUGUCAACAAGCUUGUUAAAGGGCGACCAUUGGACAACUUAGAGUUCCUGCAAUGGCUGAAGCGCUAUUGUGAUUCUGUGAAUGGAGGAAUUACAAAUGAAAAUUAUAACCCAGUGGAGAGACGAACCAAAGGUGGAAAAGAACGGAGUCUUAGGGGUUCUCAUAAAUCUUUCAAAUCACUGCAAGCAAACAAUUUACCUAACCGUGGCACUAUUGAUGGCCAUAAACAGGGGAAGGCAUCUGAUUCGUUCUAUGCAGAACAAUCUGCUUAUCAGAUUCAAGAACUAUCUGAGAAGAUUGUGGAUCUUAAGCUCUCAGUGGAUAAUAUGGAGAAAGAAAGAGACUUCUAUUUCACCAAGUUGCGAGAUAUUGAAAUACUCUGCCAACGGCCUGAACUGGAGCAUCUUCCAAUGACUAAUGCUAUCAGGAAGAUUUUGUAUGCCGCGGACGCACGGGAAUCAGCACUGACUGAAGCUGAAGAACUUAUUAGCAGCAGCACAGUGGAUGACGGUGAAGCCGAAGCUGAAGAAACUCAGUGAUCGCAUUAUGUGUCUAAUGACCUCUAGAGAUAGCAUCAUCUGCUAAUGCUGAUUGCCGCCCUUUUCACAUGUACAAGAUAAUCGCUUAUAAACAAUCUUGAUUCUUCAUGUCUUCCAGCUGAAUGGUUUCUGAACAGCAUUGAGAAUGUCUUCCUUUGCAAGACAAGGGGAGAUCAUGCUCUUUUUCAUCAUAUAUUUAAGUUUCGAUUGCAAUUUAA